AUGGAGCCCAAGGCAGGCGAGGCAAACCCAGUGCAACGCUUCCGUGUCGUACUAAGUGACAUCCGCAAUUUCAUCCAGACGAUGAUUGCGACCACUGCGAACGAGAUCGUCACAUCAGGCAAGCUCAAGAAGGGAUCGAUAGUUCGACUGCUGAAGUACAACCCUCAGCAGGUCAAGGACAAGAACAUCCUGAUUAUCAUGGAGCUUGAUGUCCUCUCAGAGUAUGGCGAACUCGACAAGAUCGGCCAGCCCGAAGCACUGGACACGAAGUCCAAACAGCAGCCUGCUGCCAUCUCAGGCAAUAACUUCUAUGGCAACAAGCCUGCUCCUGCGCCCCAGCAACAGCAACAGCAAAGGUCGCUUCCUGUACACCAGAGCAACCCGAGCACAUCCACACACCCACAUCUAUACCCGAUCGAGUCUCUUUCGCCAUAUGCGCACAAGUGGACUAUCCGAGCUCGGUGCACACACAAGGGCGAAAUGAAGGAGUGGCAUAACGCAAAGGGCACCGGCAAGCUUUUUAGUGUGAACCUGCUGGACGACACUGGCGAGAUCCGUGCGACAGCCUUCACUGAAGUCGCUGAAAGACUGUACCCAAUCUUCGAGGAAGGUGUGGUGUACUACAUCUCCGCACCUUGCCGAGUCACACUUGCGAAGAAGCAAUUUUCAAAUCUGCCAAACGAUUACGAGCUCCAGUUCGAGCGCGACACUGAAGUUGAGAAGGCAGAAGACCAGGACAACAAGCCCCAGAUUCGUUUCAAUUUCACUAAAAUUGGUGAUCUCAACUCUGUCGAGAAGGACACGACCAUCGACACCAUUGGUGUGCUAAAGGAGGUUGGCGAGGUGGCCACGAUCACAUCGAAGAACACCAACAAGGACUUUUCCAAGCGAGAAUUGACACUGGCUGAUGACAGUCAAACAUCAGUGCGACUUACCAUCUGGGGCAAGACAGCAGAGAGUUUUGAGGCACCACUUGAGUCGAUCGUGGCGUUCAAGGGUGUUAAGGUCUCUGACUUUGGUGGCCGGAGUCUGAGUCUUCUGAGCUCUGGCUCAAUGAUGCUUGAUCCUGAUAUCGAUGAGGCACACAAGCUGCGAGGAUGGUUCAAUGCCGUCGGUCAGAACACCACCUUCUCCACGCAUCAAAACAUGGCACCAGCCUCUGGCGGCUCGAAGAACGACAACAAGAUCAUCUCCCAGAUCGUCGAAGAGGAGAGUUACCUCCAAGACACACCAACCUACAUAAGUCUACGAGCUUCCGUCGUGUAUGUCAAGAACACAACUGUCGCAUACCCAGCAUGCUCGACACCAGGUUGCAACAAGAAAGUCAUCGAGGAGAACCCAGGUUCGUGGUGGUGUGAGAAGUGUCAGACAUCGUUUCCUGAGCCGACAUACCGCUACGUGCUUAGCGUCAACGUUGCAGAUCACACCGGCACUCUCUGGCUGAGCUGCUUCGACGAGGCUGGACAGAUAAUCGUCGGAAUGUCUGCCAACGAAGCGAUGAAGAUCAAAGAGGCAGACGAAGAGAGCAACACCACAGGGAACUUCCUGAACAUCAUGCAAGAUGCUACCUGCAAGACCUUCAACUUCAGAGUCCGGGCGAAGAUGGAGACGUACCAGGACCAGCCUAAGCCUCGCUACCAGGUGUUGAACAUCUACCCUCUCAACUACGCGCAAGAGGCUAACAAGCUUGCACAACUUAUCAAGCAAUACGACAUGGACGACAACAGUAACAGUCUGUUUGUGAACUAG